GAGGUUCAGUUGCGACAGAAUCUAAUCAGCCAAAAUGCAGAAAGCAGUCUUAGUUCUUUUUCUAGCGUUUGCUGUUAUAGAAUUAAAUGCAAUUCCUCCAGAAAUGCGAGCGAUUUUACCACCGGAAAUUGUGGAUUUUAUUCUGGGACUGAGGAAGAUCUGCACUGCAAAAAUUGGCGGUUUAACUGAUGCGGACAUUGAAACAUAUAAGAUUACAAACACCGAUGAAAAAUUCAAGUGUUAUAUGAAAUGCAUGCUGCACGAAGCGAAAUGGAUGUCUCCUGAUGGUACCAUUCAUUAUGAACAUAUAUUGGAUGGAAUGCACGCAGAUGUUAAACCGAUUUUGGAAGAAAUCUUCGAAAAAUGCAGAGAUAUUCCAGAUAGUCCGGAAGAAUGCGGAAAAGCCUACAACUUCCAUGUAUGCAUUGCUAAAGCCGAUCCAAAGAGAUACUUUUUACCGUGAAACCAAAUUUGUUGUAUCCACCAAAAGAAAGACAAACGACGAACGCAUUUCCAUGACAGUCCGUAGUUUUCCUCCUUACAUCCUUGAUUACUAUUUUUUUGUUACCAUGUACACACAUACAAAUAAAUAAAUAAACUAGU